AGACCAGAAACGUUUCAGAGCCACGGAGGACUUUGCAAAACAACUGAGCGUCUCGUUGGACUGCGAUACCCAGUUUCCCUGGUGACGUGAGGCAGCCGUUCACGUCAUCCGCUGGGGUCUUGGGUCAGUAAGAGUUUUACUUCCAUGGUCCUCAGAAGCAACUUCACACCACCUUGCCUCACCUUAUCACAAUGCGUCUCGCAGCAGAGCAGAGAACAGAGCUUGGGCUCAUGGAGCAGGGCACAGUGAACCAUGGAUUCGGAAGCAAAGACAGUGAUGAACAGCCGCAGCUUGCUGUGGACAUCGAGGAGCCACACUCAGAGGACCUGGAGGAGGCUGUGGACAAAGGUUCAGAUCUGGUUUACUCGCUCAAUGACAGACCGCCAUGGUAUCUCUGCAUUCUGCUUGGCUUCCAGCAUUACAUCCUGGCAUUCGGUGGCAUCAUUGCAGUCCCGCUCAUCCUGGCCGAGCCGCUCUGUAUAAAGGACAACAACGUUGCUAAAAGCCAGCUCAUCUCCACCAUAUUCUUUGUGUCGGGAUUAUGCACGAUACUGCAGACGUCUGUUGGCACCAGGUUACCAAUCCUCCAGGGUGGGACCUUCAGUUUCAUCACUCCGACCCUGGCCAUUCUCGCUCUGCCCAAGUGGCAGUGUCCAGCCCCCACAGCAUCUGUGAUGCUGUCAGUGCAGAUGCAGAACAUCACCAGUUCUCUGCAAAUGCAAAAUUCGGAUGAGGUCUGGAUGACACGAAUGCGAGAGAUCCAGGGAGCCAUCCUGGUGUCCUCUCUGCUCCAGAUUGUCCUGGGCUUUUCUGGGCUCGUGGGCCUCGUGUUGAAAUACAUUGGCCCUCUGGCCAUCGCUCCCACCAUCAACCUCAUCGGCCUGUCACUGUUCAUUGAAGCUGGAAAGAAGUCCGGGGGUCACUGGGGAAUGGCUGCUCUCACAGUCUGUCUGAUCCUCCUGUUUUCUCAGUAUCUCAGCAAAGUUAAUGUUCCAAUGAUUGCCUACAAGGACAAGAAGUGGUCGGUUUUCCAGUAUCCACUCUUCAAGCUCUUCUCUGCUUUGUUCGGGAUGUGUGGUGCCUGGUUGGUCUGCUUCUUGCUGACCAUCUUCAACGUCUUUCCUUCAAAAUCCGAGGAGUACGGCUUCUCGGCCAGGACCGACAUCAACCUGAAUGCUGUGGCAAAUGCCCCUUGGUUCCACGUGCCUUACCCAGGUCAGUGGGGUGUACCAACAGUGAGUGUGUCUUCAGUCUUGGGUAUGAUGGCAGGCGUCUUGGCAUCUACCAUGGAAUCAAUCGGUGAUUACUACGCUUGUGCUCGCUUGUCCGGCGCCCCUCCUCCACCAAAUCAUGCCAUAAACCGUGGAAUCGCUGUGGAGGGCAUUGGCUGUAUCCUGGCUGCACUGUGGGGAACGGGAAACGGCACCACCUCCUACAGCCAGAACAUUGCUGCACUUGGCAUUACUAAGGUUGGCAGCAGACUGGUCCUCCAGACAACGGGCAUUCUGAUGAUCAUAAUGGGUAUCUUUGGGAAAUUUGGAGCAGUUUUUAUCACCAUCCCAGACCCUGUCAUUGGAGGCAUGUUCCUUGUUAUGUUUGGAAUGAUAGCAGCAGUGGGGAUAUCCAACCUCCAGUAUGUGGACCUUAAUUCAUCCCGUAACCUCCUCAUCCUCGGCUUCUCCACCUUCAGCGGGCUUGUUUUACCCACCUGGUUUCACUCCAAUCCCGGCAUCAUUGACACAGGAAUAAAAGAGUUGGACCAGGUGAUUGUGGUGCUCUUCACCACACACAUGUUUAUCGGAGGAUUCUUUGGGUUCAUCCUGGACAACACCAUUCCGGGCACCGACAAAGAGAGGGGCAUCAAGAACUGGCAGGACAAGGUGCAAGACGACAGCAAGAACAUGUGUGACCAGUCGUGCUACGAUAUUCCUUUUUGCAACAGUGUUUUGAAACGCUUUAGAUGUUUCCAGUACCUGCCCUUCCUCCCUUCUUACAAGACCACCCAAUAAGGGACAUCCAGUUCAUGAAGUGUUAAUUUACAGGGUGGCCCCAUAACAACAAACACUAGUUGGUGAACGCUGAGUAAAACUAAAACGAGGAAAUUGCAUAAAAAAUUUGGCUUUUGUCCUCGCUUUUGUCCUCACACACUAACAAAUAUAUGGUCAUGGUUUGGUUUAUAGUGUAGUAUGCAUGGCAUCUUUGUGGCCUCAUGAAACUCACACUGCAGACAAAAGGGUACUGAUGUGGAACCAGCCUGAAGGAAUAAAACAAUAAUAUUAAUUAAAAUAGUGCACAAUGUUAAAUAAAAACUACAGAAUCUGAACUUUAUAUCUCUAGUCUUGUAGCUGCAAGUUAGAGUAUUGUAUACCUUUAUAUUGUGUCCACUGAAAGACUUUUUAAUUGAAUCUAUAGAAAAAAGCUGGACUGCUGCAUCUCCUUGCAGAUGGAAGUGUAGUGGAGAGGCUGGGCUGGAUGGUCUGACUUUGUCCUGGAUGUUGGAUGAGCCUGAACCUUUCGCAACAUGGGAGGCAGCUACCAGGGUCUUUAAUCAGCACCCAUGAAGAGGUUGCAAAGACAUUAAUUUGAUGUUUAAACUAGAUUUUAAAAAUGAAACAUUUUGUCAGCUUAAAGAAAAAUCUUUUUUUGUGUGUGCAAAGCCUGUUUAGACUUUCAGUAUGCACCAAAUCUCUGUGGUACUCGUGUUUUAAAAUGCAGCUCAUCUGUUUUGGACAAUAUGUAGAAAUAAUGACGAUGAUGAUGGCGAUGAAGGUGAUGAUGAUGGUGAUGAUGAUGGUGAUGGUGAUGACGGUGAUGAUGAUGGUGAUGAUAGUAAUGACAGUGAUGAUGAUGGUGGUGAUGACAAUGGUGGUGAUGACAAUGAUGGUGAUGACGGUGAUGAUGAUGGUGAUGGUGAUGAUGCACUGUUCCAAAGCAGAGUCAGAAAAUCCCGGUGUAAAGAAUGAUUCAAUAUGUUUCAAUAGGAGCAUUACUACCUCAUCAAGCACAGUAACUUACACAAACAGAUAAUUGAUAAUAGAAGGCUUUUUUAAAAAUUUAUAAAUGUGAUGUCUUUUUAAAAGCUGUUUAUUAAGGUUACUGUUCUUGAUUGUGUUAUGUCCCUGUAUAAAAGUACAUUCGUUACAUUUUUAAAUAUUUUAUCUUAAAGAAUAUAAUUGUACUAAUAUUUGUACUAUAAUUGUAUUCAUCAAUACAGUAAUAUUUAAUAAUAUUCAUAUUUUUAUGAAAUGGUCAUAAAGUGUGACUGCAAAGUUGUUAAAUAAAAUCUGAAGUUUUUGCUUUGUUUU